ACUGGAUUUAGUGCUCGGAUUCUCGGUCGCCUUUAGCUAUUAGUUCCUUCCAGAUCGCAUCUUAAUCGCCAGUUAUCGCAUCCAGCACGAACGGUACAUGCAUCCAGAGGGCCGUUUAACUCGUUCUUUGUCUUCAGUUUUUGCUUCGCUCCUGCAAAAGGAGCACAUACGGCACAUAAAAUGGCGAUAAAUGAUUCACCACCGCUCGACAAAUCUGCCGAUGACGCCACCUACAAGUCUGAAUAUGAUGAAGAAAAUCAAUCGCGGAGAGGAAGUCGCGUGACUGAAGUACACGAUGAUGAUCGUGCCACCAUUGGAAAGCAGCUCGAGUUAGAGGCUGAAAAUGCCAUCAAAUACCGAACCUGCAGUUGGCAAAAGACCGCAGCAUUGCUCUUUUCGGAGUACAUCUGUCUGGCCAUCAUGUCGUUCCCCUGGUCGUACUCGGUUUUGGGUCUAGUCCCGGGUCUCAUUUUGACCGUCUUCAUCGCUGCUGUGGUUCUGUACACGUCUCUUGUACUUUGGAAAUUUUGCUUGCGCCAUCCGGAAAUUCGUGAUGUUUGCGAUAUAGGUCAAUAUCUCUUUUGGGAUUCCAAAAUUGCUUGGUGGGCCACUGCCGUUAUGUUUCUGUUGAACAACACUUUCAUUCAAGGACUGCAUUGUUUGGUUGGCGCCGAAUACUUGAACACCAUAACUGGACAUGCGACGUGCACCAUCGUUUUUUCAGUAGUCGUUGCAAUCAUCUCCUUUUUCUUUUCGCUUCCGCGCACGUUCGACGGCCUUUCAAAGUUGGCGACUGCCUCGGCCUUUUUCACCUUCAUUUCAGUGCUGUUGGCCACCAUCUUCAUCGGCAUUGAACCUCACCCGGCCAAGUAUACACUCGCUAAGGGAGAGCCCAAGGUGACAGCCUUUCCAGUCAGUGGCACCACCUAUGUCUCUGCCAUGAGCGCCUUCUUGAACAUCAGCUACACCUUCAUCGGACAAAUCACACUUCCCAGUUUCAUUGCCGAGAUGAAGGAGCCUAGGGACUUCUGGAAAUCUCUUACCGCCGUCACGGUCGCAGAGGUGAUUGUUUUCAGUCUGGUUGGUGCGAUCUGCUACGCCUACACGGGAAAUCAAUACAUGACGGCUCCUGCUUUUGGUUCCAUUGGGAAUGAGGUGUAUAAGAAGGUGGCAUUCUCGUUCAUGAUUCCAACUUUGAUCUUUCUUGGUGUCUUGUAUGCCUCUGUCUCCGCACGCUUCGUUUUCUUGCGCUUGUUCGAGGGCACUCGUCACAAGUCAAAUCAUACAGUUGUCGGAUGGGCAUCAUGGGCUGGGAUUUUAGCCGUUCUUUGGGUUGCCGCCUUCAUUAUUGCCGAAGUUAUUCCUUUCUUCUCGGAUCUGCUCUCUAUCAUGAGCUCGCUUUUCGACUCUUUCUUCGGCUUCAUCUUCUGGGGCGUCGCCUACAUUCGCAUGCGCAGCGCCGAUUACGGUCCUGACUUCUACAAGACUCGUGGUAUCCGCGGCUGGGUUGGUUUCCUCGUCAAUGUCAGCUUCAUUCUAAUCGGUCUUUACUUUUUGAGUGCGGGCACCUAUGCUUCGGUCAAGAGUGUUAUUCUCGACUACGAAUCCGGCAUUUUCGGUGACCCGUUCUCUUGUGCGGACAAUGGUAUCUGAUUUAAUUAUAAUUUUGCGUUCAUCGGUUUGGACAUGCACGAGACUCAACCCGAUGUUUCUGGUUUCGAUGUUUCUAUUUGAGUAGAUCUACCACUCGUUGCAAGACCUAUUCGGCUUCUUAUUCAUGUAACUUUCAGUUUUCUUAAGGCUAGUCAGCAAUUUCAACCACCCUUAUCCAUUGUCGUGCAUGCAUAUUAUAGAGAUAUCAGUAUAUAC